AUGAAAGUCGUCGAACGCAAAGAAGAGCCUGCAUCUGCCGAAAGCAACGAAUCUGUGCACGCCAUUGUUUCCUACAAGUGGUACGACCGCGGCGGCGAAACCGAAGUCUCAUACCUCGAGAUCUACUCUCAGUACAUUUUGGAGGCGCUGCGAACCGUGAUCGAGUCGUACCCCGGCAACAAUUUCGAUGCAUGCCCAGUGUACCUGUACGCUCCUUACCGUCCUUUGUUCCAUUAUCGAAAGGAAUUGAAGGAGUACGUUGAAGCACAUGAGAAUCAAGAGGCUAAACUGCACUUGCUUCUACUACUGCAAUACUUCAACAAGGAGCUUGAGCAAUCCAUCAAGACGCAUACGGCGCAGGUGGAGUCUACUCCAGCGGAGCCGUCGCUGCCAUACAGGGAACUGUGGAUGAUAUUUCCAGUAGGUGUUCUCAUUGUCUCGGGUGCUGGCGAUGACAUGCAAGUGUCAGAGUGCACGGACCUGGAGUAUGUCGAAGGUGGACUCUUUGGCGGACCUCCGCAGCUGAAAGUCUGGGGGAAGGCCCUGACGCACGAUGGCACCAGUUCGGGCUACAUUCAAUACUGCUAUAAACAGUCGCAGUAUGAAGGACUGAAAGAGAUCAAGAAGCUGUCUGUCCUUCCGCUGAAGUUUCACCCUCGGAAGGACCAAAUACGGGAAAAGUUGAUCGCGCGUGGAAAGAAGUUUUGGAGCCUGACGGGGAUGCACUACCGCUACUAUAAGGGGUUGACGACCGCCCUUGGUCAUGAAAUCGACCGGAGAGAAGAUGAUUAUCCUACUGAAGACAUGAUGAUCGACUCGCGAAUCAUAGUCGAUGCGAAAAUGUUCGGCGUCGUGAAGGCGCCAAACCGCAUCCGAAUUUUCGAGAAACAUAAAUCACCCUCCUCGUUUGGGGAUGAGAAAGCCGACCUGACGGAUGACGAUUAUCUCGUGUGCGAUAGACGGGUGCCGGGCUUCUCGUUGUUUGACAAAAGAUGGUGUUGGUUCUACGUGGACCUGAUUGACGAGAUCAAGUUCGACGCAGACGCUUUCGACAGCUUACACAUUCCUCCCGACAGAAAGCAUUUGGUACGAGCCUUGGUUCAAGACUACGUCUCAUCGGACGACGACUUCGACGACUUGAUCCAAGGAAAGGGGAAAGGGCUAGUAUUCGUCCUUCAUGGCGUCCCCGGUGUGGGCAAAACGUAUACAGCGGAAGCUGUCGCGGAUGACAUCCAGCGGCCACUCUAUAUCCUCAACUCAGGUGAACUUGGCGAUACUCCCCAGACGGUCGAAACCAACCUAGUUGCCGCACUCAAGCUCUCGACUGCCUGGAAGGCCAUCGUCCUCAUCGACGAGGCAGACGUGUUUCUCGAACAACGAACGUCGCAAGACCUGACCCGCAACUGUCUCGUAUCAUUAUUUCUCCGACAUCUGGAGUACUAUAAGGGUGUAAUGUUCCUCACAACCAACCGUAUCAGUUCCUUCGACCUAGCCUUCAAAUCGCGCAUCCACCUCGCCUUGAAAUACCAAGACCUCGACCAAUCCCAGAAGGAAAGCCUAUGGGACCAAUUCCUCAAGCGUACAAAGAAUAUCGACGAGACUUACUGGACGGAGGAACUGAUCAAGGAAGUAUCUACCGCUCGGUUGAACGGGCGGCAGAUCAAGAAUGCAGUGAGAACAAGCAAUACUUUGGCGAGGUCGAAAGCGACGAAGCUUACUAUGGAGCAUGUGGGCGUUGUACUGAAUGCCAUGAACGAGUUCGAGGACGAUUUGAACGAUGAGACGCAGGAUCCCUUCCUGGGAACCAGCCCUACGGCGCUGAGAAGGUUGUCGAUGUUAGGAAGGGCGUAUAGCUUUCCGGAGAAGGAAUGA